CGCCGAUGCAGGUGUCAGUGGAUCCCGGACCGAUUGAUCCUUCAGUCCUGACAUUGCAGGCCACGCACCGGAGCGAGGAUGUGUGGCAUGGCCUGGAUGUUCAGGUAGAUAGGUGUCGUGAGCACCUACGCAGUAUAUUCCACCCGGGGGUUGACGAUAGGAUUCUACAUUACGUUCGAUUAGCUGGGUUUUAUGGUGUUCACAGAUUAGUUUCGACUCUGCAUAUAGAUAGAGCAUUACUUACCGCUCUACUUGAGCGUUGGAGGCAGGAGACUCACACGUUCCAUUUACCGGUGGGUGAGGUCACGAUCACAUUAGGAGAUGUGGCUGUAUUGGCAGGUCUACCGAUCGAGGGUCGGGCAGUUACUGGGACUGCAUGUAGACUGUGGGUUGAUUUGGUACACAGAUUGUUGGGAGUACGGCCACACCCUGGGACAGAUAUUCGGGGGUCCGCCUUGAGGAUGGCUUGGUUGAGAGAGCAUUUUGUUGGUUUACCUGCUGAUGCUGAUGACGAUGUUGUGCAGCAGUACGCGAGAGCCUACAUUCUGAUGCUUAUGGGAGCUUCCACGUUUGCGGACAAGAGCGGGAAUGAGGUGCAGGUCUUGUAUUUACCCAUUCUAGAGUCUUUUGAUGUAGCUGCAGUUUAUAGCUGGGGUAGUGCGACUUUAGCAUACCUAUAUCGGCAGUUAUGUCGAGGUUGCCAUCGUGAUGGUGGAGAGAUGGGUGGGUUUUUAUUGCUCAUACAGCUAUGGUCAUGGGAGCACAUUCAUAUCGGCAGACCUGUCAUACUGCGAUAUCAUGGGGUAGAUGGUGGUCCUCUUGAUGAUGAUAUGGAUCAGCACGCUGUACUUGGGCCACAUCAUGUUCGUGGCGAGGAUCCUUUGGGUCGUAGGUAUGUUUAUGAUUUUUUUUGUAUGACGUACGUGAAUCCCUUUUAUAUUCUUAUACAUUACAAUGUGUCAGAUGGCUAUUUGCUCAUGUCACGCGCACGUCAUCCGCUGCUGGAUUAGGAUACUACCGAGAUGCUUUAGAUCGCUUGUGUGAUGAUCAGAUGACGUGGAUGCCGUACACUGAUGAGAUUCUAGGGCGGUUGCCUCCUGUAGCCCGAGAGCACACUGAGAUAUGGCGAGCACGUGUGCCCUUGAUAUGUUUUGAUGUAGUGGAGCAUCACUUUCCUGAUCGCGUACUACGCCAGUUCGGGUUGCAGCAGGUUACUCCCGGGCCUUGUGAUACAUCUGUGGAUUUGCACAAGAUUGAUAGACGGGGGAAGCACACUGAAGAUUGGGGGAUGCGCCAUAUUCAGUAUAUCACUAUGUGGGAUGAGAGAGCGGCGUAUAUAGUGGACGGGAUCCCAUCAUUAGUCCCCACAGCUUCUGUAGACUACAUGAGAUGGUAUUACACCAUCACACGGGUGUUUAUCUCUCCCAGUUUUCGUUUACCCACUGAUCAUUACCAGCCUAGCUCAGUCGCUCUUCAUAUGACGGUAAACAAUAUAGUCAAUGAAAUAUCUUUAUUUAUUUAUUUAUUUAUUUAUUUAUUUAUUCAUGUGUUUUUCACUAAUAACCAUGUUUGCAUUACAGACACGGGCUUUACGUAGCAUCCAUGACAGAGCGACUGCUAUACUUGAUGAGGCGGUAGAUGUACAGGGAUACCAUGACGCCUGUUCAGGCAUUGUUUCACUGUGCGCUGAUGUAUUGGGUCGAGUGGAUUAUGGAUAUAUGGCCACCUCUCAGCAUUCCACCGCAUCUACAUCCGCAGCAGGGUAUUCUCAGGCAGUCCGACGUGAUAGAGUUGUUCUUCAGCCUCGUAACCAGCGCAGGCGUCCCCGAGCACAUCUACAUGAACUUCAUGAUGAUGAUGAUCACGUUGACUUAUGAUCUUUGUAUUUAAAUUAUUGUGUGAAAGUUGUAGCAUGCACUGGCAGAUCGAAUCAUUUUGUGAAACACCAGAUUUAUUAUAACUUUUAUGGUUUAUACUCAAUUUUGUGGUGCAUUGAUUUGGUUUGUGAAAGUUUCAUAAUAUGUAGUUUCAUUGAUUUGUUUAGUGUCUUGGAUGUAUGUUGUCAUGUAGUUUCAUUAAAUCAUAUGUUUGGUUGUUUUUUUGAGUGGAAUGGACUGUGAGUCUGUGAUGAUAUGUUUGGUUGUUUUUUUGAGUGGAAUGGACUGUGAGUCUGUGAUGAGCAGAUUAUUUGGUAAUUGCAGGUUAACUUGUGUAAAUAAUUGUGCAGCAGGUUCGUUAACACAAAAGCCGC